AUGUCGUCGACUGAUAACUACUACGCCUUCGUAUCUCUUGCGUCCUUGCGCAACCCCUUCCGCAGAGAUCUAGCAACGGAACGUGGGGAGGCGUUGACGCGGACGCUGACGCAUCUGCGCGGCACAGAGGCGGUCUUAUCUGCUACCAUUUCGUCUCUGCAGGCGGAUCGCGAUGCAGUCGCCUUCGAGUUAGCCAAAAUCUUGGCUCUGCGAGCGCCCGUGCGCCGCUUGCCUGUCGAGCUUCUUUGUAUGAUAUUCGAGAUGGUCGCAGGCUUGUGCAGGGACGCGGUCGAGAUUGGGCGUGAGGUCGCUGCAUUGCGUAGCGUAUCCGCAUUCUGGGCUGACGUCGCCGAUAUGACUCCGCGGUUGUGGACGCGUGCUUUCACGGUCCCUUGGCGAUCUUGCCAGUCACACCUAGAGCUCAAUGCGCGGCUGUCGCGCGCGCUUCCCAUGUCGGUGGAGCACACUGUGGCGGACGCCGACGACGUCGCAGCCUCUGCACUUCAUCACCUACUUGGCUCUGAAGCGAGGUGGAGUACAGUUGCCUUCCGCGCUUCUUGGGGAUGCUUCACCGCCAACGCACACCCGCAUCACUACGCUCUGUUAACCGCAGCUAAGCUGUGGUUAGAAGGCGACGCGGAUCCAGGAGCGUUGCGGUGGUUGCAGCAUGCGGUCGGGCUCGACUCUCUAACUCUCGUUUGUGAUGACUCUCGGAUGUCCGGUUCGUUUGUGGUAGACGUCCCUGUGUGGCCUCGCUUGACGUCGCUGACUCUGGGUGGUCUACGCGAUGGCACUGUUCGGUUCAUUACCUCGCUUAUCCGACAGUGCGCGUCAGUCGAGUACCUCCGCGUCGAUUCUCUCGUCGACAGUGUGGACAACGACAUCGACGUGGACGACGUAGCCAUCAUUAGUAUGCCGGAGCUGUGUACGCUCAGACUCGACAACCACACCAGCUUCGUGUUGGUGGUCAUUUGCGCGCCACGUCUGCGGCAGCUGACUCUGAACGACUUUGACGACUAUCGUCUCGGUAUCGACGACCUCCUCACUCUGCUGAGUCGCUCGGAGGCUCAGCCCAGGCUGGAAGAACUGCGGAUAGCUCGCGUUGAUUCUGGUCUCCCAGACACAUCGGGCACACUUAUGCAGUGUUUGGGGAGCCUGCAGUGGCUGAGAGUCCUCGACAUCGACGACUGCAGCGCGUACACCCAGUCGUUCGGCAGCGAGCUCUUGUUUGACUCUCUGACGUUUCGGUAUGGCUCUCCAGUCCUUCUACCUUCGCUGGUCAUUUUUGAUUAUCGUCCAUCACCUGGCGGCAUGUCGGUCGAGACCGCGGACGCGUUGCAGAGCACCUUAGCUCGAGCGAGCCGUACGCUUGAUGAGCUCGUCCUGUGGGCCAUGCAUGUCCGCGGGCAGGUCGAUGUUCACUUCCUCGAGCGUGUGGAGGAAGUCGAUGGGCCCAUCGAAUUCCGUGCAAACGCGGUCUUGGACGGCGUCGAAGACCUUGUCGGAGCCGGCACGCAAGAAGGUCGAGUGACUGUACGCUCGAAGGAGGAUGCAAGCAGACUGCGAGAUCAACGGGACAUCCACUCCUUUGCUAAGGAGCUGCGAAUGUUCUCGUGCUUGAGCCUACUGCGCACGCCGGUACUGGUAAACGUCGAUACGGUUCGCCUACGACUUGGGACGACGUCGGAAUCCAGGACGGAUACACGCGUCUUGUGGUUCUUGAGCCGGUUCCCCAGACUACGGAAUCUCAGCAUCUCCGCGGGCUUCACCACCGUUGAGGCGUUGGACGUCACCCUUCGAGGGGUUGCGUCUGCCUUGCCCAGCUUUCUUCUCCAGCUCGUCGUCAAAGCACCCAAGGGUCCUACUCUUAUGCACUGCGCGGAAUUCCCUCGUCUCCGCUUUCAAUUUCGUCCGUUCUUCAUGUUGCCGUUUAGAAGUGCCGUUAGCUACGCAUCGACUUGA